UCUUUUUUCUUUUUUCAUUGUGUUGAUAAAUAUUUUCUUUUAUAAAAAAUGGAGCCUGAUUGGACUUCGUCGUCUCUCCGGACGUAACGAAGACGAAGGAAAGAGAUUAUAACUGCAGACCUUGUUCCGGUGGCACGCCUGCGUCUCUCUCUCCCUCUCUCCCUCUCUCCUUCUCUCGUUGACUUUGACUUUUCCAUUGACAACUUCUUCUUCCAUCUAUCUUCCUCUUUGAAUUCCAAUCCUUCACCUAUCUGCCCUGUUUCCGCCUUCUCGAUUUCUUCGCGUUUCUGUUCCAUUCGCCACUCGUAGAACGACGGCAGAUCUUUUCCGGCCAUGAAUCGUGAUUUGAUUUUCCUAUUCCUCUUCUUCCUUUUCAUUCUCCUCUCUCCUGGAUCCGAUGCUUCUUUCCCUAACCGUUUUUGGAAUCUUCACCUCCGGUUCGCGGUUUCGAAGGAUUCUCUUCAGAGUGUAGCCCCAACUCCUGGUCCUAACUCUGUUGUCAAUGGUAAAUUGAGUAGGGGCGCCCCAACAAAUUCUCCAACUCCUGCAAUCCCUCCAUUUCCCAAAUCAACUGAUGGGUUUACUACAGAGAAGUGUGACUCGUCCUACAAGACUUGCCAUGACCUUAAGGAUUUGAUUGCUUGCCUUCUGUCAGCAGAACAAGCUGAGGUUGAACAAUAUCUUCUGAUCCAAAAUAAUGGGGAGACUUCUCUGAAAGUGAAUGUUACAGUUUCUGACACAAAAUACAAGGAGAUUCAAGUUCCUGAGCAUCAUGCCAAAAAGGUUAAUAUUUCAGACUUUCCAGGGAAUUCAAUGAUCAUAUUAGAUGCUGGAAAUGGGAAGUGUAUAGUUCACCUAGGAUCAUUAACAAAAAACGGCAGCAUUUUUAAGCAGAUCUCUUCCUAUGUAACCCAUUUAAACCUCGUGUCCGGAUCCUAUCUACUAUUGUCAAUUGUUUUUAUCGUUGGAGGUAUAUGGGCAUGCUGCAAAAUGAAAACCAAGGAACGCCAUGCCAAUGGAAUCCCAUAUCAGGAGCUGGAAUUAGCAGAGCAUGACACUUCUCCAACCAACGAUUUGGAAGCAGCCGAAGGUUGGGAUCAAGGCUGGGAUGACGACUGGGACGAGUCAAAGCCUUCAAAUAAAUCCAGCUCCGACAUGAAGGCAAAUGGUAUUAACUCUAGAACUUCUGAUAGAAAUGGAUGGGAAAACGAUUGGGACGAUUGAGACAAGAAAUAACUCAAAAGUUCUGCAUACUCCUCAAUCUUGAAACUCAGUAAACUUAGUGAACAUAGAAAAUUCUUAGGAUGAAAAUUCUGCUUCCCACACCAUAUCUCAUCAUAUGGUAAAAAGUUGUGAGCUCAUUUUUUUUUACUGUUGAAUUACAAGAGAACAAAAUGUAUGCUUAUCACGAUAGGUAAAUUUUUGGUUAAAUUACACCUAGGUUAAUAUUUUUUUACCUUGAUAAACAAUAGAUCUCAGGUUUCCUGUUGGUAAAGCUGGAAAUUGGAAAUUGGAAAGUGCAAUAAUGUUGCUUUUUUUUUCUUUAGUAAAGAUCAUUGCAAUGAUAAGAAUAUUUUGGUGUUGUAAUGUUAAGUGAUAGCGUGGUUACAUAGAUCAAGAGGGUAUCAUUUGGGCCCUCAAUAAAGUGUAAACCAAAACAGAGAAAAGGUUUUGAAGUGCGCAGUUUAUUUUUGUUCCCCA